AUGGGCCCGAAAAGAGGUGAAAAGGGCACUCCGUGGCCAGAACCACGGUUUGCAGAUGAUCCUGAUAUACGCGCAUAUGCAGCUGCAGCCAUCAAAGAUCUCGAGGCACUGAAGAAGCACCAAGAAACGAUGGAGAUUGGCAUGCCGCGUGAGCUCUCAACCGCCGUGAAUACGCCUACGAAUGAGCAACUAGCGCAGCGCCUCGCGAAGGUCGAAUUAUUACAUGUGGAAAAGACGCAGAAAGAGGUCUCCCAGGCCUCUCAAGAGAUUACUACGACCAAAAGCAACACUAACCGCCUGGUGGAGGCGAUAUGCCACCCCAGGGACGCGUACCACGAAAAAUUCUUCCAGCUUCAGUCACGUGACGGCUAG